CAUCACAUGGUAUUUAUUUUGGUUGGAAAAUUAUUUUGAUUAAAUUAAAUUUCUUCUUGUUUGGUGAUUCCAAUUUAAUUGGUAUGAAUAAAUUUGCCAGGACUCAACAAUGGUGUACAUUUGCCCGACGUUGGCUUCUGUAUGAUGCCAAAUGGCAAGAUGCCUUUUACUCAGCUGAUUUGGUCGCUGGUUAUUUGAAAGGACAAUUCAAACCAAUUUAUGAUACCAAUUUUGAUACCGACGUGGGUGAUGUUGUUGUUGUAAUUAAUACCAAAGAAAUUUCUAUGCCCCAUGGAGAAUGGAAAUGGAGAACUUAUCAUCACCAUUCGCAUUAUGGUAAAGGAGCGGUAACUUGGGCUUCUGCUUGGGAUUUACACCAAAAAGAUCCGACAAUUAUUCUCUAUAAGGCUGUUUACAAAGCGUUACGAGGAGGUGAACAUAAUCCUUUCAGAGAAAAUCAAAUGGCUAAAUUGUAUCUCUUCCCAGAUGAUCAAGUGCCCAAACAUAUAAUGGAAAACAUUUGUGAUCAGAUUAGGCAACUAAAUCCUAUUCCUAAAAUUAGUGGUAAAAUUGAUCCGAAAGAAUUGAAAGAAUACCCGAAAAUCAUUGAUUAUCCUGAAGAUUAUGUUCUCAAAUAAUGUGAAUACUUGAACUGGAUCAAUUUAAUUACUUAGUCUCUUAUAUAUAUUAAUGAGUUAUAAAUUUUUUCUUCUUUAUUAUCAAGUAAAAAGUUAGAAAGUUUGUUCCAAA